GAACAUCCAAUCAAAAAAUGGUCACAUACCUCCUUUUGCCUUCAAGUGAAGAUGAUACAGAAAUAUUCCUCACUAAUUACACAGCACUGAAACAACUAUCGAAAUUAAUUAAUUCCGCUGCCAGUCUUAUAAUUUUCUUCUUUGUGGGAGAAGCUCUACUCUAUUAUUCUGUCAGCCUCAGCUACAUUUUUGUGGCGAAGAAUGAUAUUGCUAGAUUUCGAAAAUCUAUAUUUUUCCUGAAUUUUAUAUCCGUUCUGUUCUUUGCGGGAGACGCGUGCAAAUCCGUGGAGGAUUUGGUAGAAAGUUGGACAUCGCGAAUGGUGCAAGCGUCGCAAGGGUACGAGCUGAAAAGGAGUGGAUAUUUGACGCUGCUUUUACAUGAGGCUAAAUCACAUGCCGUUGGGAUCAGUGGACAUAUUUUUGUGCUGAGUUAUACCUCCAUUUUCAAUUUUGUGGCUACUAUGGUCACAUACUUUGUGAUUUGUUCAACAAUUCAAGGCUGAUAAUGAACUGGAACUCGUUAUUUCCGGUGUCAAGUUUGGCAAAUUGUGCACUUCAUUAAGGAGGAAAGGUUCACCACUUGCCACUCUCAGAAUUCGAUGAUUCUUUCUACAUAAAUGUUGUCGUAUCUCAUAAGUGAACAACGACCCUCAGCUGAUUUGAUGCCAUGGUCACAUUUGACCCUGCCACACCCACUCAAAAGGACAAAAAUUACGAAAAUCUACGUCUUCAAGCUCUCGUCAAAAAUCCAAUUGUUCGGAUUUUUAAAAUUCUUG